CUGCGCGCCCCUCAGUCGCGCUCCGGAAGCCACAGGUGCAGCACGUGUUGUGCAACUGGUGCCACCUCAGCGCAACCGCCGCCCGCCACGCCCGCCCGCAGGAACGCUGCUAAAGCGCACAGGUCACCGACCGACUUCAGACCGCUCUGCCACCGAGGAACCAUGAUUCGCCGGGGCCUUCUUUCUGUGACCGCUGCAUUGGUGGUGCUGUCUGUAAGCUGCUCGGCGCAGGAAACCAUGGGGUGCGCCGACAGGAGCGCCAUUAAUGACUUCAACGCCACGCUGUACAUGGGGAAGUGGUACGAGUACGCCAAGAUGGGCAGCAUGCCCUACGAGGAGGGUGGCGUUUGUGUAACGGCGGAGUACUCCAUGUCGAGUAACAACAUCACAGUCGUCAACUCCAUGAAGGACAACACGACGCACGAGGUGAACACCACCACGGGCUGGGCAGAGUUCGCGAGCCAGCUGCACACCGACGGGAAGCUCAGCGUACACUUCCCGAACUCUCCCAGUGUUGGUAACUACUGGAUUCUGAGUACAGACUACGACAACUACUCCAUUGUGUGGUCCUGCGUUAAGCGCCCGGACAGUGCAGCUUCUACAGAAAUCUCAUGGAUCCUAUUACGAUCACGGAACUCUUCGAACAUGACGCUGGAGAGAGUGGAGGAUGAGCUGAAGAAUUUGCAGCUAGACUUGAACAAGUACACGAAAACGGAACAAAGUGCAAAGUAUUGCGCUGGCGCAGAGCACGUGGUGGGGGCAAUGCUCAGCGUUGCGAUUGCGUCGCUGUUCGCGCUCCUGCACUAGAGCCAGUAUGGUCAGCGAGUCAUGACUCAGGUCAGCGAUGCUGGCUCAUCGCUCCUGGACAAAUACUGCACACGUCAAAGAUAAACUACUGUGCAGCACAGAGCUACAAUCUCCACUCUUCAUGGUCUAGGGUUGCGACACAUUCUGCAUUCCAAAGCUCAUAUUGUUUUCCAGGUGAACAUCACUGCACUCUUGUGAGAUUUUCGAUCCACAUUACCUGGGAUACAACAGCAGGGACCAUAAAGUGUAUCAGACCAUCAAACUUGUGAUUUGAAGGAGUGGUCCGUGGGUUUUCUCACUUUAUUGUCCACAUUGUUUCAGAAAUGAACAUACACUGAUAACAUUUUCAUUAAAUAAAACACACAGUUACUUCACUGUAAUGUAGCACCAUUCAACACAAAUAUUUGAUGACUUUUUUCUUAUUUUUGCUACAGAAUGUGUCAAACUGAUGUUUCCUCUUCUUAAUGAUAAAGCAUUGUGAAAGGUUCCAGUUUAUUGUCUACUUACAGAAAAUGUUUAGAAACAGGUUAUGAGUUAUGUAAUCAACAAGGUGACAUUGACCUGAAAAUGUUCAUGCAUACUGUUGUCAAUAAGUGUAAUAUCUAGUCCUUAGUAUUGUAUAUUGCUCUUGCUUUCCUUCUCAAGAUGCCCUACUAUUUCCAAUUAAAUAUGUUUCUCAUUUUCUUUUUACGAUGUUUGGCUGUGGGUGAAUAUUUGUUCUGGCAGAUUUGUAAUUCAAAUUAAUUUUCUGGGGCAGGUAUCGAAUCUAGUACUCGUCAACAUCUUAUCAAAUGUGACAUCACAGACGUUAAUAACUGAAUAGCACAGCUCCUUACUUAAAUAACAGGUGGCAGUCUGCCCUACUGUGGAGAACUCUUGAUGUACUGAACAAUCAGGCUUUCAUAGAUGGUAUGAUUCACUUGGCAAAUUUUCUAACUUUAAACCUUAUAAAUGUUAUCUGCAGUGUAAAUAAUAUACUCCUUUUCUGAAAAAUUUCUUUAAUUUAAGGGUUACAUUCUACAUAAUCUUGUACUGUGCAAGAAGCUUAUGAGGGUAAUAGUUCAUUUGGGAAGAAUCGUCCAAAUACGAACCUCAAGGGUGAUGGUGCUUUGUAGGCACAUUUAGUAUCUCUCGUUUCCAAAUUGAUUCAACAACAUUGCUCAUGCUUCAUAAUCUCAAAUAUACUUGCUGUUAACUUGAGUGCUUUCUGGAGGCCUUUCUUAGUCUCUUGAAUUUGGCGAACUUUAGAGGAUUUGGAAAUUAUGAUCAAAACUUACAUGCUAUAGUAUUACUGAUUUUCUACCGUCCUGUUUUGCUGUAAUAUGCUUCUAAAAGAAUUGUGUGGUUAAUAGUUUACAUCACAAAACCAAGGAAAGUAAAUGGGAUCAUGUAAAUGUAUAAUGGAAAUUCAGGCACAUUGAGUGAUUACACAGCUAUUUGACUGCUAUCAUUUUCAUGAUGUGAGUCUAGAGUUAUCUGGCUACACUAAAACUAGAUAUAAUAUCUUUAGAGAAGGGACCAAAAAGAAGGCACGUUAAUCCAUAAUGUGGCUUUCAUUUUAAUGUAAAGCUAUCAACCCCACAAUAGAACCAGAGCUUCAAAAGAGGAUAUGACUAAAUUGUUAGAAGAUAACAGUGGCAGUCAAGAACCUGUGCAAUCGCAGGAGAAAAAUCGUUCUUUGAUUCUUCUAGUAUCCCAUCGACUAUUACUUUCCGGGAAAAAACUAAAAAUAGUAGCUUUUUAUUCGUGGUACUUAAAGAAAUGAUCAUCUGGAUAACGAUAGUUCUGUGAAUUACAUUCUCUUGCAUCUAUGGUUGCAGCCACGUAUAAAUUGUCAUGGAAAUAAUUGAAAUUGACUGAAAGACUUAAAACCAUUUUCUGUUCUAUCUUUUUUAAAUGCAUAAAUUACAAUGUUUAAACAGUUAAAUAUUUCAACACUAUAUUAAUAAUUAUUUACUAUGUGUAGGAUUGUAAGGUUAUCUUCAACAAACAGCUGCAGAUGCUACAAGUGUUUUUUUGUUAAAAAUGUAAAUAUUUCUUUAUCUUCAAAGUUCUUGUCGAUUCCUUGUGUUUAUAGUUGUGCAGUAGCAAGUGUUCUUCAGCUAAUGUAGGUGUAAUCGAAUUUGUCUAUAUAUAUUCUAUUAUUUUAUUCAGUCAUUUCAGUCCACAUGUGAUUACAGUGUAUUUUGCACAAAGAGGAGAAACAUAUUGCGUUAAUUUAUCUUUCGUGUACAGAAAUAUAAUAAAGUUUAAUGUGUAGUUCACUAAAA